ACCUAGUCUGCGAUGUAGUUCCAUCAUUUUAGUAGAAGAUAAGUCGACCGGAGGCGAUCAAUUUUCAUCAAACAGUCGGGACAAGUUCGUUCACCUGCUCGGUCCAUACACGAGGCGUCCCCGGACCCUUUUCCCGUUUAUUUUCCUGGCAGGUUCGAAAUUCCCCGGUGUCCGUUUUAGUUCGGAGCCGCCUCCACUCGGGGGCAGCCCUUUUCCGCCCCCACCUUCACCCUUACGACACACAGGGAUCGAUAAAAGCGAUCCCUCCGGAAAACCCUCUUCGUGAAUCGGCGAAGGCGGUAACACAGCUGUUCUCUCUCGUUUUCCUUUCAUUUUUUCUUUUUUUCCAGUCGGCUCGCCGUCCAGGAGGUCCUAGGGGGCCGGAUCCGCCGGGGGGGAAAUCCGGCAUACGCACCAUCCCGACUACCCAGUGACCCGUUGGACGAAUCGACGUCCUCGCCCUCCUUUGUUUUUCCGCCAAUUUCCUUUAUUCGCGUCCUUAGUCAAAUGAGGAAAGUGUAUUUUUAGCAGUGUUCUUGGCGUUGUUGCGUGGGCGUGUGGAGUUUAUUAUUAGACGACGGCGUUUUCUCACUCCCUCGCUCCGGUCGGCUCGGGUAGAGAUGGAUUAGGCCGCGAUCGAGUUCCACGUCGUCUCGAGAAUCCGGGUCUCGGAGACCUUUUUGGAAAAUGGGCUCCAACUGCUCCAGCAGGCAGAAUCACAAGGACAGAGACAGCAUAUCGACGAGAUCCGAAGAAUCUCCGAGUUAUCAGAUAGCCCAGCAUGACGCUAAGAAAGAAGAAGAGAGGAAGAAAGAGGAGCAGAUCCGGAGAGUGGAAAAAGAAGAAGAAGACAGAAGGAGGUCCGAGUUGAAUUCCUCGAAGAAGUCCCAUCCGAGCGUCAAGUCCGAAUCGGCCUCGUCUCCUCCGCCGGUUGUCAAAAGGGAAGAGAAAAUAAUAGAAAUUCCAAACUACAAAGAGAACAAGAUAGUCAUAUACAUUUGCGCUGCCGACUCUCAGGACUGCAAAGUUGAGAAAGGAGUGGUUCACUCGGAAGUGUACCCGGAGCUUCGUUCCUUCUGUAAAUCUGUCAAUUUCGAACUGCACAUUGUCGACCUGCACUGGAGUGUCCAAGAUAAAUCUUCCGAGCCUGAAGAAUUAUUCUUACACGAACUCUCUCGUCAGAACGAGGGUUGUUUUCUGAUACCUUUGGUCUUCUUGAACACCAAUUUGGGGACGCCGCUUUUACCCAAAACCCUCGAAUCAGCGGAUUUCCAGACAGUAAGCGGCUCAGAGAGUGGAAAGGUCCUUUUGAAGUGGUACGUUCUCGAUUCGGAAGCUCAGCCACCCUGUUAUCGACUUUUGCCAGCGACUACGCACAUCAGAGGCCUGAAAAGCCAGGACAAGGAGGAGAAAGAAAAUAGUCUUAAAGAGUGGAAAAACGAGGUCGACUCGAUCCUCUCGGUCAUGCUCUCCUCGUUCUCGCACGAGCUUCGGGAAACAUAUCUGACGACGGUCGUCGAACAGGAGGUGCAGAACUGCGUGCUGAUGAGCCGCGAGCUAGCUAAAAGGUGCGUCUGGUUCUCGAGGAACUCGAGGUUUUCCGACGUCUCCUCUCCGGGCGAAUCGGAAUUACGGAGGCGGUGCGAGAACCUCCAGAAAGCGCUGAAAAACGAGCUCCAAGAGAACCACAUAGUUCACCUGGUGCCUGCUGCCACUCCUGACCCCUCCCAGCAGCCCGAAUACCUCAAGCAGGUCACUCAAAACAUCAAGAAACACCUGAAGAGUAUCAUAGAAGGAAUUGUGGAGGAAUCCGGAAAGACUCAAGUGCAGGACCCUAGGCUCUCCAGGGAAAUCGUAUUCCACAGGAGGUCGGCCAUGCGUGAAGCACAGUCUUCGGUUAAUCGGCAACAGCUACUGGAAACCGUUUUCAGUUGGGCUGGUAAAGGACCAAUUAUAUUUUAUGGCCCUGGUGGGUCCGGGAAAACGACAUUAUUAUCUCGACUGUUCCACCAGGUUGAGAAGUUAGAAAAACCCAAGGUUUAUUUUAGAAAAGUCGGUCUCACGAGACAGUCCUCCACGCUUGUGAGCCUUCUUCAGUCCAUCACUCGACAGCUGAACCCAAGCAAAACACGGAGAAUACACACCGUGGAGGAAUAUGCAAGGAUAUUGCCGAAAUGUCUGGAGUCCGCGGCGAAAAAUGGAGAAAUGUUCGUCAUUAUCGACGGCCUGGAUCAUUUCAGGGAUUUCGGAAGGCAAGAACUUUUCUGGGUACCGAAAAUUUUACCAGAAGGAUGCAAACUUGUGUUAAGUUUAUCCGACAAGAAGAUGGUAGAUGAACUCAAGGAGACUCUUAAAGAUUCCGAUGCAAAUUUCAUCGAGAUUCCUAACUUGGACAAAUCAGAACGAGACUCCAUCCUUAUGAGCAGCAUAUUGGAAUACAAUCAUUCUUACAAUCCCGAAGUGAAGAACACGCUUCCGGAGAGUUGUACCCUUCCUCUUCACAUCAAGGCAGUGGCCUGGCAGGUGACCUGGUCCAAGGAGUACAACCUGAGCCUCGCUCCCAAAAACCAGCUAAGGGAACAGCUAGACGACAUGCUAGAACAGCUAGAAACGAUUUUUGGAAAAGAGAAAAUCGAGAAAGCCCUCUGUCUCCUUAUCGGCUCCAAAUACGGUCUGCAGGACAGCGAAAUGCUCGACGUGCUCAGUUCCGACGAGACCUUCCACACCUCCACGACAUACCUGCCAUGGGCUGGUUCGUGUCUUUUUUGGAGCAAAAUCACCCGACACCUGGGCCCGUUUUUAGAAUGGAGCGAUUCAAAAACUCUUAAGAUCAGGGACAAGACCCUGACUCAGGUGUGCCUGGACAGGUACAACGGAAGGAUGAACUGGGCCAGAGAAACUCUCAAAAACUACUUUUCCGGUGUCCUUUGGGGAAAAAAAGAAAACAAAUCUAGAUAUCUAGAGCAGAAGGACAAAUACGGGCCAAGUCAUAACAUUAGGAGAUACGAGGAACUGCCUUAUCUUAUGAUAAAAACAGAUGGCACCGCGCGAUCCCUCAGCCUGGACCAUAGUUGGAUCGUGAACAAGAUUUGCGCGACGAGUACAAACCAACUCCUGGAGGACUUGUUUCUCGAACGGAAGGACGAUGACGUGUCUUGGCUCAUUUCUUUUCUCGAAACGAACGCGGAAGCUUUGAGCUACGAAGGGACCCAGUUUUACACCCUCCUUUACAGGUAUUUUAACAUCGACGAAAUCUGCAACUCCGACUGCGCCUUGGCAGGGAAAUUCAAAGAAUUAGCAGAGAACCCACCGUGCAACAGCUUGAUCCAAAUUAAAUCAAAAGAUUCGGAAGAAACGUAUUACAACUUAAUAAGGCGACUGCCGGAGAGCGGAAAUCACGUGGUAACCAUCUGCACGGAAAAAUCGGAAAUCAGCGUCUUCGACGUGUCCAAGUGCAAAAAGGUGCGUUCCUUGACUGGUAUAACACAGCCGACGGAUCUGAGGAUGGUCGACGACAAGACCUGCGUCGUCCUGACAGGGAGAGAGCUUCACGUCUACGAUUUGGACAAACUCGAGCUCAAAACAAAACUGAAGGGCGUCAUGAAUCAGAAGAUGCCGUAUUUCGGCCUUCACGACUCGAACCAUCUGGUCGCCCUAUCGAGAAACCGUAUGUACGUCAAUCUCAUGAACUUGGAAAGCGGCGAUUUAGUCACUACUUUCAAAGCCGGCGAGGACAGAUUCCUGAACAGCCUCCUUGUCUCUGGAGACGGCAAGAUCUUAGUCUGCGGGGACGAGACGCAGAAACCCUCUCCCAUGCUCGUGUGGAACCUAGCAUCUAGAAAGUUGCUCUACGAUAUAAGGAUACCCCAGCACGAGUUCGUAUCCAGAUUAUCCGCCAUAACACAUCAGGGCAAUUAUGUCUGCUUCGUGACGAAAGAGGUGGUGGAGAACUCGCCAAAUUAUCUAGUCGUGUAUGACCUCCAGUCCGGAACUCUAUUCAAAAAAUGGAAGCCGGGCGUGGAUACCACUUGCGUCGAGAUAAGCCCCAAGGAAGGCUGCUUGGUGACCGGGCUCGCGGACAGCAGGAUUCUCGUCUGGGACCUCAUAACGGGCAACUGCAGAUACGUUUUGAGGGGCCACACGUCUUUUUGCGACUCGGUGAGACUCUGCGAAGAGGGCAGGUUGUGCGUUUCCUGGUCCUCCGCCGGGCUAGACCGUUCGAUAAGGAUUUGGGACCUGUCCAACGGCUCCCUCGUCUCGGCGUUCACCCCUGACGACCCGCCGACGGCGUGUGAAAUAUGCCAGAGUCGACUCGUCGUCGCCACAGGCCCAAGGCUCAUCACUCUGCAGCUCAAGGGACCGGAUUUCAAAGAACCGCAAGAAACAGAAGACAAAUCCGUCUAUGCUGUAAGCUGACCUGAAAAUCCAAGCUAAACUGGGAAAAGACUCGGGCGAGCUGGAUCUCGCCCACGUUCCUUUUUACUCGUUCACAAAUGUAUUUAAGUCUCUCAUCUGGUAUGAGUACCUUACCUCUACACGAUAAAAAUUGUGAAGAAAAUCCCUCCCCCUUUAUUCUUCUAAUGGCCCUCUUCGAAAAGAAUGAACCCUAUAAUAAUUUUUAAAUGUAAUCGAUUUUCGUUCUUUUAAUAAAAAAAUAAUCCAAAAAUGUUA